AUGACGGCCCUCUUUGGAAGCAGCACCUCCUCCCGCAGCCAGAGUAAAAACCUGGUGGAAUUCCGCGCAGGCAAAAUGCUGAUGAAGGGGAAGAUGGUCCAUCCAGAUAAAAGAAAGGGGCUUGUUUAUGUUUACCAGUCAGAUGAUUCUCUCAUGCAUUUCUGUUGGAAAGAUCGGACCUCUAGCGUUGUGGAAGACGACCUCAUCAUUUUCCCUGACGAUAUUGAGUUUAAACAUGUGAGCCAGUGUACCACAGGCAGGGUCUAUGUUCUCAAAUUCAAGUCAUCGUCUAGAAAAUUCUUCUUCUGGCUACAGGAGCCCAAGACAGAUAAAGAUGAGGAGAACUGCAAGAAAGUGAAUGAUUUCCUGAACAACCCACCAACAUUGGGCUCUUCCAGGGGAGGAGGCAGUGGCAGUCUCCCCUCUGAUCUAUCUGGACUUGGUGAACAGGAUCUGCAAAGUAUUUUGGGUGGGAUGAGCCAGCAGCAGCUAAUGCAGCUACUUGGUGGCAUUGGUAUAGGAGGCGGGGGUCAGAGUCCUUUUGGGUCUCUUCUUGGAAGACCCAGUAGUGCUGCAUCCACAGCCUCAGAGCCGCCACUAAGAUCAAGAGCAUCUGCCGCUAGGACUGCUGCAGUAGAAACCCCAGCCGCCCAGCCUCGUCCGGCGACCGCAACAACCCUGCCUUCACAGCAGACUGCAGGUGAUGCUUCUAGUGCAGGCACAGCGACUACUGGUGCAGGAGGCAACGAGCCAGCAGCCACAGCUGCCCCUGCAGCAGCUGGAGCCGGAGCUCAAAUUCAACUGAGUGAUUUGCAGAACAUCCUGUCCACCAUGAUUCCUCCUGAUGGUGCUGACAAAGAAGUGGACCUGGUGAAGGCCCUCAACCCUGAAGCAAUGAUCCCCAUUCUGGCAAACCCUGAAAUACAAGAGCGGCUCGUGCCAUAUCUUCCUGAGGGAGAGACACUGCCCAAAACCGAGGAGGGACUGCGCAGCACCAUCCAGUCACCCCAGUUUCAGCAGGCCCUGAGUUCUUUUGGCUCAGCUCUCCAGUCGGGCCAGCUGGGCCCUCUGAUGUCACAGUUCGGUCUAGGCGAGGACGUGGCUAAUGCUGCUGCUCUUGGGGAUGUGGAGGCGUUUGUCAAAGCUAUGCAGGAAACUGCAAAAGGUAAAGGCGGGGACAAGGAAGACUCUAUGGAGCAUUAG